AUGGCCACCAGAUGGCUAUUCCGCAUCAUGCCGAUUUUGGCUGCUGUUUUGCUGCAGGGCUGUGAUCACUCAUCAGAAGAUCCGGGGGGCAAGGCGGCGUGUGCCAAGAACGACCUCCUCUGCCUGUGCAAAGCGGAUUGUCAGGAGACGUGCAAACACUUCAACAUCACCGACAUGGAGGUUGGCGCAGCGUGUGCAAAAUGCAUGACCUCACAGUGCACGGAGGAGGCCAAGUCUCUGUGCCCGCAGGACAAGGUGUCGAUCUGCCACAACUGCAUCACUGAUGGUGCUGUUUGCUGGGCAACAACAUGGCCGACCUGCGUGGCACAGUGCCUCCAUUGGUGGGAGCCCAUCGAAUGCACACAGUGCUGGCUCACAAACUACACUGCCAACUGCCUCGGAAAGUACAGCAAGUGCAUCGAACCUGGCUUCAAGGAUGCGGAGAGGACUUCAGCAGCUCCAGCCACUACGACCCCUGAGCCGCUAGAGGUGGCUGUUUGA